UAUAUAUAUAAUAUUACCUUGACCUUAUUGAAAUGAACAAUUUCCCCAUGAUGGCUUAGGUUAUACUGUCAAGCACUUUGAAUAGUCGAGCGCGCUGACUUCUGACAGCUCUUGUUAAGUUAGUGUUAACUCAUUUAUGCUGCAAUGUUUACUGCGUCCAUGGGAUGAAACGGGCAAUAAUUUAUGUUUGGGUUCCUGGAAAAAUCAUUCAAUAAUUAGAUAUGUUUACAGCGUAAACGUGAAACCUGCUUAUCUGUUGGUAAUAUCAGAAAAAUGUGAAGUCUUACUAUGACACCCAUGGACUUGAAAAUUGUAUAAAUAAUAAUUUCACAUGAAUUAUUUAAGUGUUUUUUUACUGUACAGGUAUUCUUCUCUUUUUUUUUAAACAAAAUAUUGUGUUUGAAAAUGUACAUUGUAUAUUUUACAGGGAUCGCUGAUGCUGCUUCCUUUCUGAAUUUCCUACCAAAAGAAAGGUUUAUAAACCAAUAUUGCAAAAACAGUAUUAAUAUAAGAACUUUUGAAAUUGACAAUUAUUGUUUGUUGAAAGAGAGCAAGCAGACUUAACAGUUUCUACAACUAUGUGCACAAAUUAAAAUGAUAAUGUCCCAUUUAUAAUAAUUUUUUCAGCAACCCCUUGGGUGGUAAGCGAAAGUUUACCUCAAUGAUAUCAAGUUAUCAUAUGUAAAAUCACAAGGUUUCUUUCAACAUUUUAGAAACGGUUUCAAAGUGAUUUAAAGCUGAACGCAAAGAUUUUUUUUCCAAACAUUAUAAGAAGAAAGUUUGGAUGAGAGAAGGAGGAAAACAACAUUGGCAAUAUAUAUAUUUUAGUGAUAAAACAUGAUCAUAGAUUUAUAAUGUAUUUUAUUUUCAGCAGAAUGUCUGAAGAACUCAAAGAGUUCCUGCAUCAAAGAGGCAUUGCAUCAACUGUUAUUCAAAGAUUUGUUGACGACAAGAUUGACUGCAGUGUAAUUCUUCUUAUGGUAGAACAUACAUUACAGACAUAUUUACCUGCAUAUGGGGAUAGAGUUGCCGUUCAUGCAUUUUGUAGCAGUCAACAGUCUAGUGCAGCAGCUGCUGAAGUCUCAUAUGCGUUAACGGAAUUGCGCUCAAAAUGGAAGAGUAAAUGUCAAAAAAGUAAACAGACCAGGCUUUAAACCUGGCAGUUUCAAACCAGGAAAUUUAUCAGCCGAAAGAACAACAAAAAGGGUCGAACUUGGCUGGAUGAAUUUCAAUGAAAAGUCAAAGGACUUUAAACAAGUUAGACAAACAGGUGGAGGAGGCGUUCGACACUUGAUCAUUAAUAAAACACUUGUAGUACAAACACUAUUGGAGCAUGCUAAGGAAACCUGUUUUCCUUUCGGCAAUUCGAAACUUGGAUCCGUAGAAGAAUUUGAUAUUGAAAUAAGAAACUUCCAGGGCACGACGAUAGAUAAAGAAAUGAACAUCAAUGAUCUGUACAUAGCAUCAAAAUUAAAGAUCCUCAGGGUGUAUAUGUAUACGAAGAAGAAGACAGAAAAGGGUCCUGGAUCGCCUGGGUUGUCAUCAAGUGUUCAAGAAUGUGGGACAUUAUCUGACAGUGAAAGUUUACCAUAUAUGAUGGGAAAAUACUUGACUGGCGAGUUUGCAGUGUCCACACAAGCCGCUUUCACCCUUGCUUCUCCAGAGUCUGAGACCAGCGAGUUUACAGGGUCCACACAGGCAGCGUUCACCCUCUCUUCUCCAGAUUCUGAGACCACCAAUACUACAUGGUCAACACCAGAAUCUUUCAACCUUGCUUCACCUGAUCCUGAGGUGAAUUUCAAUCCGAGGUCCUACGGUCUAAGUUUACGGCGACGAUCGGGAACUACAGCAACAACAACAGUUUCCGGCAGUCAUAGUGCAGGAUUGACGUGCCAAAGCAUCAUAACAGAGAUCGAGAUUCUAGACAGCGAGGGCGAGGAAAUACAGAGCGCUUUACUAGAGUCAAUGCAGCACCAGAUACCAAGUACCAUAAGCGAUGAUUCCACAGAGCCGUCUGUGGCUGAUAUUUUACAAGAGUUUCGGAACCGAUACAUCAAAGAUGACCACACAAACUGUGUGAUCUCCCGUUCCAAGCCGUUAGAUAGUGCCAUACGACUUUAAGAAAAGAAGACGGUCAAGCUUCAGAAUAAAUUGUUUGUCAAGUUUUCCGGGGAGAUUGGUGAGGACCAUGGUGGACCAAGAAGGGAAUU